AUGGGCUCUCCAAGAAGGGGAAAUUUGUCCUUGUCCGUAAUUACCGUCAUAAUUUGUGCGUUGGCAAUUAUCGGUCUCUUGUACUCUGAAGCAAUAAGCUCUUUUUCGUCGAGCACGAUUCUCAGGCUCAAGCCAUGCGCUAGAAGAAACGGAGCCAAGAAUUCCGUUACAGAGGAUAAUUAUGCGGCAGACGAUAGGUUCGAGUUUGAUCCGGAGGAAUGCAGUUUGGUACACGGAAAAUGGGUGUUCAAUAGUUCGGUUAAGCCUUUGUAUUCAGACAGAACAUGCCCGUAUUUGGACAGGCAGGUUUCGUGUGUCAAGAAUGGAAGGUUCGAUUCAGAUUACAGGCACUGGCAAUGGCAGCCUGAUGAUUGCAUGUUGCCUAGGUUUGAUCCUAAAAUCGCACUACGGAGACUUAAAGGGAAGAGGCUAAUGUUCGUAGGAGAUUCACUGCAGAGAGGGCAAUGGCAAUCCAUGGUUUGCCUUCUCGAUUCUGUGAUACCAGAAGGGCAAAAAUCGAUGAAACGAGGCCGUUUUCAUAGUGUGUUCAAAGCCAAGGAGUAUGAUGCGACAAUCGAGUUCAAUUGGGCUCCGUUUCUAAUAGAGUCCAAUUCGGAUGUUCAUAUUGUGGCUGACCCAAAGAAGAGGAUUCUGAAAGUUGAUUCAGUUGCUGAGCAUGCUAAGUACUGGUUAGGAGUUGAUAUUCUUGUCUUCAAUACUUAUGUUUGGUGGAUGAGUGGCCUCAGAACCAAGUCAUUAUGGGGUUCUUUUGCAAAUGGAGAAGAAGGGUAUCAAGAGUUGGAGACACCAGUUUCAUACACAAUAGGGUUAAAAACAUGGGCAAAUUGGGUGGAUUCAAAUGUGAAUCCCAACAAAACAAGAGUGUUCUUCACCACAGCCUCACCCACACAUCUGAAGAGUGCUGAUUGGGGCAACAAAAACGGGACGAAAUGCUUCAACGAAACGAAACCGAUAAGCAAGAAAGGGCACUGGGGGAGCGGCUCGGACAAGCGUAUGAUGAGUGUGGUGGCGAGCGUGGUGAGGUCUAUGAAGGUGCCUGUGACCCUUAUAAACAUCACCCAGCUGUCGGAAUAUCGAAUCGAUGGCCACACUUCCGUUUACACCGAGUUGGGAGGGAAAUUGUUGAAGGAUGAAGAGAAGGCUGAUCCAUUGCAUUUUGCAGAUUGCAUACACUGGUGUUUGCCUGGAGUUCCUGAUACCUGGAAUCAAAUACUUUAUGCGCAUUUGUUGUAGCACAAAUAUUUUGCAAUGGAGCAUUCGUUGAUUUGAUUCAAACAAACGAAAAGGUAAAGAAAAGUGUUGUUUCUCUUCUCGGCAAUUGUCAUAUUAACUGUUCUUUUUUGGUCGAAUUUUUAUUCAGUA